AUGCCGGCAGUAAUCGCAGCAGUCGCUGUCAUUGCUCUUACAGUUACAGUUGCGGGACCUGUAUUAAUUGCUGCUGCCAAUGGGGACACUGUAGUCAAUAUGCUUGAUUGUAUCAAAAAGCUGAUUCAGCAGAUUAGAGAACGAGCACCUGGGAUGCCCAAACCACCACCUGGACGGAGUAAAAAGGAUAUGGAAAAAGCAGCACAGGAGCUCGGACUGAAGUACAAAUACUACAACUUUGGCUUUUGUGGCCCUCAGGGAGCAGGCAAAUCGUCACUAAUUAAUAGUUUGCGAGAUCUUCCAAAUGUUGAAAAAACCCAGGACUGGAACCAUGACAUUUUUAAUGCGGCACCUACAGGAGAAACAGAAACAACCACUAGAUUGAACCAGUACGGAUGA